CUGCCAUCGUCCAUUUGUUUCCCGGUAAGUUCGAAUGUCCAACAUCCAACGUGCAACCUCCACCUCUCUUCAUCUGUACAUGCUACACCUGCUGCUUGCAUCGCUCAUAUUCGGCCGUCACCGAUGCUUCCUUAUAGGCUCGGCGAGAAAAGUCAAUAUUCAUCCUAUCCUUCUGACCUACUUGGCCGUCUAUGACCACUCCCGGCAUUAGGAUCUCCUCGGACUACGGAGCUCUCGGUCUGCUUCUUACGCUUCUAAGCUAUCUUCCCAACAAUACCUCUAGUGAGGCUGCGGUUUUUGCUGAAAAUUCCGAGUCCUGCCAAACAGGCAACUCUGUUCACGACACGUGGGUGGCCCCGGAAUAUACCCUGCUUCUCACAGGCUUCCUCACCGGGCUACUCAAUAUCCAUUUAUUCCGCCCCGCGCAGGUUGAUGUCAGCCAACUCCUCUGCUAUGUUGACCUUGGCAUAUACCCUCUCCCACCGAUGGUGUGCUUAUCAAGGCUUUCCAUAAGGGGAUGGCUCACGGCUCCUCCUUGAUAACUUGAGCCGUGCCCACGACCCCAAGCACACAGAAACAGGGCGCAAAUGAUUACGAGAAUCAGCGAUUCAAAGCUUACGGGAAUGGAUUUUCUACUCUGCGCCAAAUCUCAUCAUGGUAACGACCAAUGGCAAUGGUAGAUGCCC